AACCCCCUCCACAAAACAGGAAGUGCAAACUCAAUAGAAGAAGAAAAUUACUUUUUCGGAAACUUUUAUCAGCGCAGAUCUUCCAAAUAAACUCGUCUAAUUUUUAUUUACGAAGUCGGAUGACGUUUUCAUUGGUAGUUUAUACGACCGCGUUAGAACAGAGAUGCGUUCAACGGCACAGCAAAACUGAUCACCUGCUUUUUUUUUUUUGUUUGUUUACAUGGUGAAACAGCUGAGAAGCUAACGUUAGCCACCUAGCAUGGUAAAAUCAAGUCAUAUGAGCUGGUAAUUAUCCGAAGGCUUUGCCCUCAUGAAUGCAACGCUGCGCUCGCGUAAGAGCCAGCGUACGUGUGCACAAGAGAAAGGCGUGUUUGGGUUUCAGUCAGGAGGUGGAAGUGUAAUAAUGCGAAGCUAAGGUUUAAUGUAUCGAGCAGUGAAUUUGUUUUGUCACUGAAAUCAACCUGCGGCCUCCCAGCGUCUUCAUGUCAGGAUGCCUUGUUCCUUUGGGAACUGGAGGAGAUGGAUCCGGCCGCUGGUCGUUGUGCUCUACAUUUUAUUGCUCUUAGUGGUCCUGCCUUUGUGUAUCUGGGAACUACAGAAGUCAGAGGCUGGCAUUCAUUAUAAAGCAUGGUUCAUCGCUGGAAUAUUCGUCUUCAUGACCAUCCCUAUAUCGUUAUGGGGCAUACUGCAGCAUCUGGUUCACUACACUCAGCCUGAGCUUCAGAAGCCUAUAAUCAGGAUAUUAUGGAUGGUCCCAAUUUACAGUUUGGACAGUUGGAUUGCUUUAAAAUACCCCGGCAUUGCAAUUUACGUGGACACAUGCAGAGAAUGCUAUGAGGCCUACGUCAUCUACAACUUCAUGACCUUCUUGCUGAACUACCUGGAAAAUCAGUACCCGAGCCUGGUGUUGAUGCUGGAGGUCCAGGAGCAGCAGAAACACCUGCCCCCUCUGUGCUGCUGUCCGGCCUGGCCAAUGGGAGAGGUGUUGCUGUUGAGAUGCAAACUUGGAGUGCUGCAGUACACAGUUGUUAGACCUGUCACAACAGUCAUUGCCUUGAUCUGUGAGCUGUGUGGCGUGUAUGAUGAAGGCAAUUUUAGUUCCACAAAUGCAUGGACAUACCUGGUCAUCUUCAACAACAUGUCACAGCUGUUUGCCAUGUACUGCCUGGUGCUGUUCUACAGAGCUCUCAGAGAGGAACUGAGUCCAAUCAAACCAGUGGGCAAAUUCCUAUGUGUCAAAAUGGUGGUGUUCGUCUCUUUCUGGCAAGCUGCGUUUAUUGCUUUGUUGGUGAAAGUGGGCAUCAUCUCAGAGAAGCAUACAUGGGAAUGGCAGAGUGUGGAGGCUGUUGCCACUGGCUUACAGGACUUUGUCAUCUGUGUGGAGAUGUUCCUGGCAGCCAUUGCUCAUCACUUCAGCUUCACCUACAAGCCUUACAUCCAGGAGGCCGAGGAGGGUUCUUGCUUUGACUCUUUCAUGGCAAUGUGGGACAUCUCGGAUGUCAGAGCAGACAUUUCUGAACAAGUCCGCAAUGUUGGAAGAACAGUCAUGGGCCGUCCCAGGAAAUCCUACUUUGGUGAGGCAGAGAGUGACGGAGAGAGAUCUGGCCUGCUCUCUCCGGGCUCCCAAGAUGUCAUAACAGAGGCGGCAUCCAACCCUGUUUCUCCCAAUGGUCAGUACCAGGGCCUGGGCAGGACCCUGGCACCGCACUCUUUAUCAGCUCCUGCUGGACUCGGCUCGGCCUUGUGGGAUGAAGGAUACGAGGCUCAACCUGAAGAGACCCCUGAAGAAGAAAAGACCGACCAAACCAAAGAACCAGCAGAGGCAGAUCUCAUUGUGAUUACCUAGGCAAGCAUUCAGGCUAAUGUCCCCUACAGACUCUAGCAGAUGUGUUUGGGCAGGACGCAAAUACAGCCUCGCUGUUUUCUGUCACACGUCACUGUACUGAUUAACCUCCAAACAAAAUGGAGCAUCAACCAAGAAAAAGUAGAAGACUUCCUAUAAUGUAAAGAACCAGAAGGACCUCUCUGCCAGUGACAGCUGUAUGAAUGUUCAGUGAAGUUAUGGCACUAACUGACUGGUAGAUAAAGUGCAUUUGAUGCCGUUGGUGUCGUACUGGAGAGUUCUAUCGCUUCCUAUGAUCUGCCAGGAUUUAAUUUCAUUUAAAUAGUAAAGACUUUUAGACAUUGUCUUGGUCACGUUAGUCAUAUCACAACGUCAGGUACGCUCUGAAGAGAAAUAUGCAACUUUUAAAAAUCAUUUUUUCUUAAUUUUAUUUUUGGUUUUAAGUGAUAUCAGAGGAUAUUGAUGAAAUAAGUCAAUGGAAAUGUACAAUUAAAAGCACAUCAGAGCCUGGAUGUAAGCCUGAUUUUAAGUGUGUAAAAAAAAAAAAAAAAAUCCCAGAGGAUUGUAUAAAAAGAGCCGAAGCUACAAAUCUUUAAAUUGCACAAUUGGGACUUGGGAUAAGUAGGUUGGAGCUUUGCACAUAGGAAGAUGUGUCUUACAGUCUGACAUCACGAGAGAAUCAUCAUUUUAUGGGUUGGUAAUGCUCACAGUAUCAGACCAUUAGGUAAUUCAAACGGAACAAUUAGCACAAUCUAGUGAAUUCCUGUUUUUGUGCUUCACUGCUUACAGCUCACUAUCAUUCUUUGAGAUGUAUCCACUAGUCUUCUCAAAUGCCUUCUAUGUGCAGUACAACUUCUCUAUCCACUGCAUCAGCAUUAAUACUCUCUCAUGGCACCUAAGCCAUUUCUAACUGUUUUUCAAGCUCUAGACUUCCAUCCUUUGUGCAGGAAAACCCACGUUUAAUGUGCACUGUAGGGCAUCAGUUUGUGUCACAAAAUCAAAUAUAUUAAAUCAGCAGCAUCACCCUGCAUAAUGUCCAGCUAGAGAAUGUUGCAUUGCCUUAUAUGAUUAGAUAUUUUUUUGGAGCUGACAGGAUCACAUAAGAGCUGAUGUAAAUGUUCCACAUUUUAGUUAAACUACAUCUCUGACAGGCUUCUCAAUAAACUACAUUUUUCAACAACUA